GAUUGCUAGCUGUGUCGCUGUCCAUACUCAGGGAAUUAGCUUUCGCCUCGUCAUCUUGUAUGACCACCAGGCACGCAGCCGCCGGCCGCCGACCGCUUGCUUGGACCGUCCUUUUUCCGAUCCGAGAGCCGUCAACUCCUGCCCUCGAUUGGACGAUGACCCAGUCCAGUCCAAACAUCUGAAUUAAAUUAUGCAUGUCGCAGUGGACGAACUUGAUCACGCAUGCUGCCUUUGAUCUCUUCUUCUCCUCCUCCUCCCUGCCUUCUUCCCUUUCGGCCUCUUUCACUGCGAAAUGAAUCCAAAGUCGAUGCUCACCGAAUCCUUGUCCAUCCUCGCUCUGCUCUUCGUGUUGGCGGGAAGGAAGCCCGCGCUGGCUCAAACGCCGGCCAUGGAGGACUGCGAGCCUAAGAGCUGCGGGGACGGCCGCAACAUCACCUAUCCCUUCUGGCUCGACGGCGAGCAGCAAUCCUACUGUGGCUACUCCUCCUUCAAGGUCACCUGCAAGAACAACAGCUACACCCCUGUGACGACCUUCAUAGACCGAGAGUUUUACCUCAUCGACAUCUUCUACGACAACCGAUCGCUCAUCCUCACUUCUGUCGAGUUCCUCGAUCAGCAGUGCCCGCUUCCCUACGCCAACCUCACCACCAAUACUACUUUCUACCCGCUCAGCGUCAGCCCCCUCAACACCGAGGUCUACUUCCUGCUCAAUUGCUCCGAUCAUAAUAACCUCACGGAGCACGGGGUAAUUCCGAUGGAUUGCCAGUCUUCUGCCUACUUCGGCGGGGAGUAUGACUCUAACAGAUUUCGAAGCCAGCGAGAUUUUGCUGACGCCGGUUGUACACUGUAUAUCGAGCCGGCGCACAACUAUUCUCGGGGCGACAGCUUCAACGAGACUUUGAGCAAAGGUUGGUUGCUCAGCUGGUCAGCCGUCGACUGCGACCCGUGCUUGCAGAGCGGCGGCAGGUGUGGCUUCAAUGAAAGUACCGCGAAAUUUAUGUGUAUUUGCGCCGACGGAGUUCAUGUGAAUACUUGCGGAAGAUCUCACAAUCGGAGGCUGCAAAUUGUAAUCGGUGUUUUGGGAGCGUCUGGUGUUGUCUCUGCCCUGCUUUGCGGUUGUUUUCUGUACAAGAAGCACAAGAAGCGAUCGAAAUAUCUUAUUCAAGAUGCAAUUUUUAAGCCGCAUCUGAAGGAUUCCGACAUCGACAGUGCUCGUUUACAGACCCAUCUCUUCUCGUACGACGAGCUUCUGCAGGCAACGAACCGCUUCAAUGCCGCAAAUGAACUCGGCGAUGGAGGCUUUUGCACCGUCUACAAAGGUACGCUUCAAGACGGACGCACCAUCGCCGUCAAGCGGCUGUACGAGAACAACUGCCGGCGGCUGGAGCAGUUCGUGAACGAGAUAGAGAUCCUGUCGCGUCUGCGUCAUCAGAACCUCGUCAGCCUCUACGGCUGCAGCUCGCCCCACAGCCAGGGAUUGCUGCUGGUGUACGAGUUCGUGCCGAACGGCACCGUGGCGGAUCACCUCCACGGGCACCGCGCCGCCGAGGGAAUCCUCACCUGGCCGAUGCGACUGAACAUCGCCAUCGAGGCCGCGGAUGCUCUCGCCUACCUCCACGCCGUCAACCCGCCGAUCAUCCACCGCGACGUCAAGACCUGCAACAUUCUGCUCGACAGCAACUUCCAUGUCAAGGUCGCCGACUUCGGCCUCUCGAGGCUCUUCCCCAAGGACGUCACGCACGUCUCCACCGCUCCGCAGGGCACGCCGGGCUACAUGGACCCCGAGUACCACCAAUGCUACCAGCUCACCAACAAGAGCGACGUCUACAGCUUCGGGGUCGUGCUGGUCGAGCUCAUAUCAUCCAAGCCCGCCGUCGACAUGGGGCGGAACCGGAGCGAGAUCAACUUGUCGAGCAUGGCGGUGACCAAGAUCCAGAACGGCGACCUUGAGCAGCUGGUAGACGCUGGCCUGGGUUACCAGUCCGAUCAAGCCACGAGGAAGAUGAUGACCAUGGCUGCCGAGGUGGCAUUCAGGUGCCUGCAGACCGACGGAGACAUGAGGCCAUCCAUAAAGGAAGUGCUCGAUUCACUGAGAACGAUAGAAAUGGAGGGGCGCAGACUGGAGAAGAAGAUCGGAGACGAUGAUGCUGAAUUACUGAAGAAUGUCGCGCCGAUGUCGCCUGAUACGGUCAUGAACAAAUGGGCCAGUAACUCUACGACACCGAGCACAAGUCAGUGAAGAACGAUCAAUGGCAUGGCAACUGUUUUGUGUUUAUAAAUUUAAUUGUUUAUGUGCAAGAUGAGGACUUUCAGAGGUAAAAUCUGAUGUAUGGAUGCCAAAUUAUCUCUCCUCUGUUCUUAAUUUGAUAAUUUGAUGGUAAAGAAUAGCCUUUUGAUUUUUCUUA